AUGACGACGUGCUGUAGCUGCAAGUUAGUGGCCAACGAACUUCUUGCGUUCUUACAGUGCAAAAUUCAGGUGAUGGACGAAGUGAGUCUUCUACAAAUCUGUGAAACUAACUUCUCGGAAGCGGAAAUCGAUAAGGCGAAGAAUAUUAUUUUUGAGUUUACCGGUCAUCGGUACAUGAAUAGGAAAGGAGACGCGAAGAAUAAAAGAAACCUUCAAGACAUUUUAAGACUGCUGCACGAAACUGAUCCGGAUUUACUUCCCAGCUUUGUAGCAAAGGACCUGAAUCGUCUUCCCCCGAUUACUUUCGAUCACGUGGAUGUGACCUCACUGCUGAAGGAUAUUCUUGUUCUCAAACAGAGUGUCUCAGCUAUCAGAAGCGACUUCGUACAGAGGCCGGAAGUGGUUGAGGUAAAGGAAUUACUAGCGGAAUUUCGACAGGAAUUAGAUCAACUACGGGCGCCGCACGAGAUUAUAAAAUAUAAGAAAAUCGCUGGUGAAUCCGUAGCUAAAAGUUAUAAGCAGGUAGCCUCGCAAAAAAUAGGUACACAAAGUGCGAAUUGUGGUACUCAGGCAGUGUGCGCAGAUGCACGUGCGCCCUCCCUACCACUACCGCCUGCUCGACUGAGCCGCACAUCGCUGGACCAAACACUCCAACGCGAGGAGCGACCAUUGAACUGUGCAAGGUCUGAUGAUAAUUUUGACACCUCUUUGGAGAAAAGUUUUAAAACGGUGGUAAAUGGGAAAAAGCGUCGCAAGGCAAAGAAAAACAUCUCUAAUAAGAAAGGUACAGCUAUAAUAGCUUCCAGUAAAAUUAGGAUUGCACCGAGGCUCUCAUAUAUUUACGCAUCGCGCUUCCAUGAGGAUACGACAGAGAAGGAUAUUUCUGAGUUUGUGUCUGAAAGUGGACAUCAUACCCAAAAAGUUGAGAAGUUACCUCAGUUUAGGAGGACAUCCUUCGCAUCCUUCAAGUUAACUAUUCUACAGGAACAAGAGGCUACAUUCCUCAGUGAAAGUUUUUGGCCCAGUGGAGUAGAAUACAGAAAGUAUAUAUACAGAGGACCCAAGUCUAGUACCCCUGCUAAAUAA